CUUGCAAAUAAACUGUCCCCAACAAACAUCCAUUCUGAGGUUUACAGAGGUUCAACUUCUGCACCAGUUGAAAUACGAGCCUAGCUAUCAGUACACACAGAAGCCUGAUUGGCAGGUCCGGGGUGAACAGAAUAAAUAAAAGACAGCAGCAGGACAUCAGGGAAGGUCAAUGAUAUCAUCUAUCCAGAACCAAACUUCAGUGUUUCUCAGACAGUGUGUUUUCACAAUGAGUGGCUGCCCAUUUUUUGGAAAUGACUUUGGACAUCCUUUAAGAAAACUAUCUUUGGAAGGCAGUGAAGAAGACAAAUCACAAACUGGUGUGAAUAGAGCCAGGAAAGGAGGACUUAUCUAUGGGAACUACCUGCAUUUGGAAAAAAUUUUGAACGCACAGGAGCUUCAAAGUGAAAUGAAAGGAAAGAAAAUCCAUGAUGAACAUCUUUUCAUCAUAACUCAUCAAGCUUAUGAACUCUGGUUUAAGCAAAUACUCUGGGAAUUAGAUUCUGUUCGAGAGCUCUUCCAGAAUGGCCAUGUCAGGGAUGAAAGGAAUAUGCUUAAGGUUGUCGCUCGAAUGCAGCGAGUGGUGGUGAUCCUUAGACUCCUGAUAGAGCAGUUUUCCGUUUUGGAAACGAUGACACCCUUGGACUUCAAUGACUUCAGAGAGUACUUAUCUCCAGCCUCUGGCUUCCAGAGCUUGCAAUUUCGACUAUUAGAAAACAAGAUAGGUGUCCUGCAGAGUUUGAGAGUCCCUUAUAACAGGAGACAUUAUCGCGAUAACUUCAAAGGAGAAGAUAAUGAACUGCUACUUAAGUCUGAGCAAGAAAAAACACUUCUGCAACUAGUGGAGGCAUGGCUGGAGAGAACACCAGGUUUAGAGCCACAUGGAUUUAACUUCUGGGAAAAGUUUGAAAAAAAUAUUGUCAAAGGACUGGAAGAAGAAUUCAAAACGAUUCAGGCUAAGGAAGAGUCAGAGUACAAAGAGGAACAAAUGGUUGAAUUUCAGAAACAAAAGGAUUUGUUACUCUCUUUAUUUGAUGAGAAACGUCAUGAACACCUCCUUAAUAAAGGUGAAAGACGACUAUCGUACAAAGCACUUCAGGGGGCCUUGAUGAUAUAUUUUUACAGGGAAGAACCUAGAUUCCAGGUUCCUUUUCAGUUGCUGACUUCUCUCAUGGACAUAGACACACUCAUGACCAAAUGGAGAUAUAACCACGUGUGCCUGGUGCACAGGAUGCUGGGCAGCAAAGCUGGCACCGGAGGGUCCUCAGGCUACCAGUACCUGCGCUCAACAGUGAGUGACAGGUACAAGGUAUUUGUAGAUUUAUUUAAUAUUUCAACAUAUCUGGUUCCCCGACACUGGAUACCAAAGAUGAACCCAAUUAUUCAUAAAUUCCUUUACAUGGCUGAAUAUUGUGACAGCUCUUACUUCAGCAGUGAAGAAUCAGAUUAAAAUCAUCUACAAAAAUCUAUGAAGACCACUGAUUUCUCUGUUUUGUUUUCUAUGAAUUUUCAUGACUGCACAAAGAGUCCUAAUGUAAUAUAUGUAUAUACAUAGUUAAGUACUGUAGUGCUCUGAUUCAAUCCCGGAAAUAAGUUUACUUCAUUUAUUGUGAUGAUAUAAGAUUAAGCAUUUUUGUGAUGAUAUAAGACAUUAAAAAAUUCAUUCAGUUAAAUUGUAUUAUUGUACAUAGAGUGUUUUGCUAUAAAAAAAAUUAAUGUCGCCUGAUACCUUAAUGUAAGCAUUUAACAUAAUCAUUAUUUCAUUGUUUCAUACUUUAUAAGCUUGUAAACUUCAGCUAUUUCAAAUACGUUAUGCAAUAAAAUGUGACAUUCUGUACAAAGA